GCGAAGGUUUUACCCUAAUAUUCUAUUUCCCUUCCGCCCCUAUAAAUACUCUCUUUUCUUCUCAUCCUUCUCCCACAUCAAAACCCUUCGCCUCUAUCUCCCUGCGCCAGUUUCUGCGCCUCUCGAUUCCGAAGAAGCGUUAUCUUGUUCUUGCUUUCCCGCCGGUCGAUUUCCUCCCUGCUCCGGUCAAAGAAAUCCGCCUCGGGUUCCUCCAUCCAAUCUCCCGUUGAUUAUAGAAGCGUGAAUGUUGUAAUGGAGACGAAAGGUGGGAAAAAGAAGUCUAGCAGUAGUAGUAGUAAUUCCUCCAUCCAGUACGAAGCUCCCCUCGGAUACAUCAUCGAAGACGUUCGACCUAACGGUGGCAUCGAGAAGUUUUCUGCUGCUUACUCCAACGCAAUGGCGGUCAACACAUCCCCAAUCGGAUUCGAAGGAUUCGAGAAGCGUCUCGAGAUCUGCUUCUCGGAGGCGCCGAUUUUCAAGGACCCCAACGGCCUCGGCCUCCGCGCCCUGACUCGGCCCCAGAUCGACUCGUUCCUCGACGCGGCCAAGUGCACGAUCGUCUCGAACCUCUCCAACGACGAGUUCGACUCGUACGUCCUCUCCGAGUCUAGCCUCUUCAUCUACCCGCUGAAGCUCGUCAUCAAGACCUGCGGGACCACGAAGCUCCUCGCCGCUGUCGAGCCGAUUCUGGAUCUGGCCGGCUCGCUCUCGCUCGCCGUCCGCGACGUGCUCUACACCCGCGGCAGCUUCAUCUUCCCCAGCGUCCAGCCGGCGCCGCACCGCAGCUUCUCCGAGGAAGUCGCGGCACUGAACGAAUUCUUCGGCGAUCUGGACCACAAGGCGUACGUGCUCGGCGGUCCCGAGCACAGCUGGCACGUCUACUCCGCCACAACCGCCGGGAAGAAGACCGAUUCUCACCAAAACGACGUGAUUACUCUCGAGAUGUGCAUGACCAGUCUCGACAAGAUGAAGGCGGCGGUGUUCUACAAAGGCUCCCCGGCUGCGACAGCGCCGGAGAUGACGAAACAGUCGGGGAUCUCCGAGAUCAUCCCCGGGCACACGAUCUGCGACUUCGAUUUCGACCCCUGCGGCUACUCGAUGAACGGGAUUGAGGGUGCGGCGCACUCCACUGUCCACGUCACACCGGAGGACGGGUUCAGCUACGCCAGCUACGAGGCGAUGGGGUUCGACGCGGGGGAGACGACCCUCGACGCGCUGGUGGGGCGCGUGCUGAGCUGCUUCGAGCCGCGUGACUUCUCCGUGGCCGUCACGUGCAGGAGCGCGAGGGCGCAGCUGUGGGCCAUGGGGCUCGUCGACGUGGGAGGGUACUCCCGCGGCAAGGUCGCGGUGGAGGAGCUCCCCGGCGGCGGGAUCGUUGUUUACAAGACCUACACUGCUGACGGCGCUAAGAGUAGCAAGGUUGUCACUCCGGCGGUGGCCGAGAUUAAGAAGGCUGUGAAGGAAGUAGUGAAGGUGGUGGUGAAGAAGGCUGAUGAGCUGGAGAUUGACUGUGGUGUAGGGUGCGGCGGUGAUGAGAUGAAGGAGAAGUGGGGGCAGCAGUUCUUCGGGUUGGUGGACGGCGGCGGUGGAGGCGGCGGCGGGUUGAUUUGGUGA